AUGUCUGGGGCGCUGCUGCUCUUCCUUCUCCUCCUCUUCCUCCUUCCCUAUAAUUGUUUCAGCUCUGUUUCGCCUUGUUUAGUGGUGGUGCGAAUAGAUUCACGGUGCUGGUUGCAGCGAAUUUCCCCCAGCUUCCCUCAUCAAAAGAAUGAUGAGGUUGUCAUCGACGAGUUCGUCAUCCAGCUCAUGAGGCUCAAGGGUGGAGCAAGGGGACUCGACCUGCAGACAGUACUCUACGAGAACAAGCGCAUCUUCUGCCGACUCUCGGCCAUGAUGAGGUUCAUGGAGAAGCACGUCGGGCUCAUGGAGACGCGGCUCAACAUACACACGGCCGAGGAGUUUUCCAUGCGAGAGAUAUCCACCACGGUGGCGGACUCAUGGACGAAGAGGGGAUGCAGAAGACCCUUGCUGUCGGCGCGACCGUCCCUGUUGCGUAGCGUACCUUGGGCUCAAUGGGACUGGUUUUUCUAG